AUGGGUCCCCGCAACCUAUCAGGCGCGGGGCAUUUGCAUGACCCGAGCACCGAUCCGCUCGUCUCGCGCCCGCGCCGAGAGGCCUCAGGUCAAGAUGCCAUCCCAACGACCUUUCUUCCUCUCAACCUUCUUCGCCGCCUUCCGCCAGCAAACCCCCGCCUCCCUCUCCGGCGCAAGCGCCUCGACCCAACAGCCCAACAAACAUACCACACAAGCAUCGACUUCAAGCCAGCAAACACCAUCAGCAACGCCUCGGGCCAUUUCAACGGCGGCAGCCAGUACCGGAACCUCACAAGCCACCUCGCCACAGUCACGGUCAGGUGGGGUGAUGAACCAGCUACCCUUGCACUCGCCACGACACCAACAACACCACCAUCAUCAUCACAGCGCGGGCAUUCCUAUUCCGCAAUCACCAGGUCGUCGCGACAACCAUGGGCGGAGACGAGGAAGCGAUAGCAGCAGCGAAGGGUUCAGGGACGCCCUUGGAGCCGAGAAACUCUACAUUGGCGGGCGGACGGCUACAGGAGAGGAGAGGUUUUUUAAGCUUGGUGUUGUAAGGAGGGUAAGGAGUGGGGAUAGAUUGAGCCUGGAUCGUUUGAGUCUCUGAAGGGCAUGACGGAUGAUUACCUCGGGCAAGCUGUUGCUUCACAGAAUCCUGUGGGACUGGCCGAGGCGACAUCCAUAACGACAAAUGUUUUGAGAAUGACGGAAUGGAUGGUUUGACAGGCGUUUAUGGCAUCGGCGUCAGGCUAUGGGCAACAUGAAAUGGGCUUACAACCGUACGUACAUACUUAUAUAACUGGAACAGGACGGAACUGGCUGUAGGACUUCGGAGGAAAGAAUCGCAUUAACACCUAGAUAUUGACAACGC